CACAAAAAUGACGUCAUAUAUCACGUUCAACGUCUUUUUAGUUGACAGUAGCGCCCGACUUCUUCAAUGAAAAUAUUGAAUAUCAACCCGUUAUUCGAGUUCUAGGUCGGUCGAACCUCUUUGCCGUGAAGCGGGUGUAAAGACGCUUUUCGCAGGAUGCAGCCUCUCAAGGACGCCCAGUUGGGGGCUUUUACCUUCUUCGCCUCAGCACUCCCCCAUGAUGUGUGUGGCAGCAACGGCCUCCCCCUGACCCCAAACUCCAUCAAAAUAUUGGGACGCUUCCAGACCCUGAAGACCGUCACCCAUCCCAGACUCUGCCAGUAUGUGGACAUCUCCAGAGGAAAGCAUGAACGUCUCAUCGUUGUUGCUGAACACCACGAGAGAAGUCUGAACGAUUUGCAAAAACAGGGAAACAAAGUCAGCCCAGAGACGGUUCUGCAGAUCGCCUAUGAGGUUCUGGAAGGCCUGACGUUUAUGAACAAACAUGGUAUGGUGCACAGGGCCCUUAACAUGCACAAUGUGCUCCUGGAUAGUAAGGGCAACGUCAAAUUGGCAAAAUUUGGCCUCUAUCACAUGACUGAUCAUGGUGUUGAUGUGGACUUUCCAAUUGGGUACCCAUCAUACCUUGCUCCAGAGGUGAUUGCGCAAGGCUCCUUUCACCCCAGUGGCCCUUCCCACGAAGAAACCCCGCGGCCUUCGGGACCCAAAACUGAUGUGUGGUCACUUGGAGUUCUGCUGCUUGAACUGUGUGCUGGUCGACGGCUGCUGCAUAACAUUGACAUCAAUGAGAGGCUGAAGUUCAUCCUGACUCUGGGCUGCAUAGACGACAUUGUCACGGUCCUCGCUGAAGAGCAUGGCUGCCUGGAAAACAUUAAGGAGCUGCCCGAGAACGUUCUAGAGUUGCUGCGGAAAUGCUUGACCUUCCUGCCUUCGAAACGGCCAAGCCCACGCGAGCUUUUGGGAGACGCCGUGUUCGAUGGCGUGUCGUGCCUGUACACGCCCUUCCAGAAGCCUGUCACCCUGUUCUCAUCCUCGCUACGCUGUGCACAUCUGGAGCUCCCCGAGGACAUCAGCGACCUUUGCAAAGGGGACGACGACGAUUACCUUUCAGAGCGAGCCAUCAACGAGGUGUACCACCUGUGGUGCCUUGCAGGGGGUGACCUCGAGAAGGAGCUGACCAACAAGGAGAUCAUCCAGUCCAAACCUCCCAUAUGCACACUGCCCAAUUUCGUGCUGGAGGAUGGCGAGUCGUUCGGCCAGGGCAGGGAUCGUAGUUUCUUGCUAGACGACACCACGGUGACGCUUUCUCUCUGCCAGCUCAGGAAUAGACUGAAAGACGUUGCGGGAGAAUCUUAUUUCCCUCUGCUGGAGGACGGACAGUCAAGUCUGGCGCACUCCAACAGCGCCAACGAGUUGUCGGCCAGCGUCACGCUACCGCUCAUCAUCCGCGAGAGAGACACCGAAUACCAGCUCCUCCGCGUCAUCCUCUUCGACAGACUGCUCAAGGCUUAUCCUUACAAAAAGAAUCUCGUGCACAAAGAGGCCAGGGUUGACAUCCCCCCGCUUGUGCGUGGACUAGCCUGGGCAGCUCUGCUGGGCAUUGAGGGGGAUAUUCAGGCCAAAUACGAAAGCAUCGACAAGGACACGCCCAUUCCGACUGACAGACAGAUCGAGGUGGACAUCCCACGAUGUCACCAGUACGACGAGCUGCUGUCGUCCCCUCAGGGUCACAUCAAGUUCAGACGUCUCUUGAAAGCCUGGGUGGUCUCCCACCCCGAUCUGGUCUACUGGCAGGGCUUGGAUUCACUUUGCGCCCCAUUUCUUUACUUGAAUUUUAACAACGAGGCGCUAGCAUACGCUUGCAUGUCCGCCUUCAUCCCGAAAUACCUCUACAACUUCUUCCUAAAGGACAACUCUCAUGUCAUCCAAGAGUACCUGACCGUCUUCUCGCAAAUGAUCGCCUUCCACGACCCCGAGCUCAGCAACCACUUGAACGACAUCGGCUUCAUCCCUGACCUGUAUGCCAUCCCUUGGUUCCUGACCAUGUUCACACAUGUGUUCCCGCUGCACAAGAUCUUCCACCUGUGGGACACGUUGCUGCUGGGGAACUCGUCUUUCCCGUUAUGCAUCGGCAUGGCCAUAUUGCAACAGCUCAGGGACCGCCUCCUUGCCAACGGCUUCAACGAGUGCAUCCUGCUGUUCUCUGACCUGCCGGAAAUUGACAUCGAACGCUGCGUCCGUGAAUCCAUCAAUCUUUUCUUCUGGACACCAAAAAGUGCAACGUACAGACAACAUGCGCAGCCGCCAAAGAUCGCCGGUGACAAUGGCUUUGGGAAAAACACAAAGUGUUACUCGUCCGACUUCCAGGAUUUUCCCAAGACGGACCUGUCUCGGGAACCUCUUGUGCUGUUGGACCUGAAAGCUGAAGUGUCACCUCGUAUUUCGGCAGAGGACUUCAUCGACCUCUGCGAAAUGUCAUUCGCCGUAAAUAAACGGACCAAAGCCAGCAAGCCGAGCAUUAUAGCUGUUGAUAUUCGCAGUGCAGAGGACUUCAGCAGAGGCCACAUGUCUGGCAGCAUCAACAUUCCCUUCAGCACGGCGUUCGGAACCGAUGACGAGGUGCUGCAAUGUCCAGCAACGGGAACCCUGCAGAACUACAAAGGGCGGGUUGUCGUGGUCAUCGGCCACGCCAUAAAAAGCGCUACUGUGUUUUCUGCACACCUCGUCAAGGUGAACUUUCCUCGGGUUUGCAUCCUAGAUGGAGGGAUCAACAAGUUGAAGCCCACAGGACUCCUGACUGUCCCCUCCCCUCAGAUUUGACCCAAGUGGUUGAGUCAGUUAAAAAAAAAACUAUGUACAUAUUCUUGCCGGUUUUUUGUCUUCUGAUACCAUCAUGAAUAAAAGAAUUGCACCACCUUAAUAACA